GCAACAAAAUAAAGAGCGUGAGCUACCACGAGUUCAAAACGAGAGAAAUUCUCAUUCUGUUCCCUCUUUCGUGGGUCCAUAAACCCUUGCCUUGCGUCCGUUUCGCCGACUGCCAUAUGCCCACAUUUUAAUCUAUUACAUCAUCUUCUACCAUUCUUCAUGUUCAUCAAUCAACCAUAUACAAUACAUAUAUAUAUAUAUAUGGACAAUUGUCGAAAAUAUUAGGCUAGCCAUUACAAUUGCCCAAUCAAAACUCUGCUAUAAACUAACCAAAUGGCUGCUUCACAUCACAACAUCCCAUCUCCGCCGUUUCCGGCGUUUAAUGCCAGUACUGGGUUCAUGCCCACGCGCCGCCGCAAGAUGAUGAUGCACAUGACCUUCUUCUGGGGCCACAGCGCCGAGGUUCUCUUCUCAGGUUGGCCCGGCCGCGACAACCCGGUCAUGUACGCCCUCUCGCUGCUCUGCGUCUUCGUUCUCGCCGUCCUCGUCGAGCUGCUCUCCCACUGCAGCUUCUUCAAGCCCGGCGCGAACGGCGUCGCGGUGGGGUUUCUGCAGACUGGUCUCUACACGCUGCGCUCCGGGCUGUCGUAUUUGGUGAUGCUCGCCGUCAUGUCGUUUAAUGGCGGCGUUUUCCUCGCCGUGGUGGCGGGGCAUGCGGUCGGGUUUUUGCUUUUCGGGAGCCGGGCUUUUAAGAAGUCGUACGGGUCGGGUAUUGAUAGACAGGCGAGUCUUCCUCCCAUGACGUGCGGAUAA